AUGGCCACCAUUACUAUCACAAAUGCAGAGCCUGGUGGUGCAAGACCUACUCAGUUUGUACCUGGCAUCUUGACUCAUCCCUUCGCCACGAUUCGAUGCCUCGAUGAAAGCAGAGAAUUGUGCUGUGGUGCAGAUAAAAUUGCAGUUCGUGAUUACACGAAUGGUGGUGGCGGUGAUAUUGAAAUGGCUGCUGAGAGAUUAUGGAGAGUAGGAGAUGCACCAUCACUGACGACUUCACAUGGAUUUCAUUUCAUUCAUGGCUCGCGCCAAUACCCUCCCACCUUGUACGUAGUUCUUUUCAUCCUGCUGGCCUUUGGUUUGAGCUAUCUUCCAAUCAAGGCGAUUGUUGGUACGAAAUGUUGUGUACGAAAUGAUACGUCGUGA